CAACAGUUCACAAGUAUAGUAAAUUCUACAGUAGCCUAUUUUGUUUAUCUUUCAAUUACCAAUUGUGACAAUGUGUUUAAUUAUUUAGGACUUUUUAUUGAAGUCAUGAUUUAAUUUAUUACUAAAUAAACUGAAAUUGUCCCAAAUUGUUAUAGUGAAACUGCACCGCUCCCUCCCGUCCAGUGAGUGGUGCUAGAAUCCCUUUGGUUGUCAACCUUUUUGCGGUAGAUGUGCUGCUUUAACGUUUGAAAGAGGAAACUUUCGCACGUCUCUGUGUUGUUAUUGUUUACGGGUUUGGGUCUAUUUACUUUAUCGUUUAACUACAGCGAUCUUCAUCAAGUAGUAAAAUGAAUCAACUGGAUCGUUUGAACACUUUCAUGACCGAGCGCUUGAUGGAGGCUGUGAAGGAGAUCAUCCUCACUGUCGGCAGGACGGUGCGCGAGUAUGAAGAGGAAACGGAGCGAGUCCGAAGCGAAAAUAAACGGCUAAAAGAAAUGUUGCGGGACUCCGGAUGCUUCCUUGAACAAACAAAUACAGCUCUUCAGGCUUGUCAGCUUGUUUCUCCUGGACAGCCCACUUGGAUUCCCAGCCAGAAAGAGGAUCCAGAAUCCCUUAAAGAGAUCCAACAGAACCAGAGACCGAGCGAACAAUAUCCGCACAUUAAACUAGAAGAGUCUGUUUACUCUGACGACACUUGGCAAGAACCUGCAGACUCACCAUCAAACAUCAACAAGGAUUCAAUCUUGUGUGUGUCUGAGACAAAUCCUGCUGAUGAUGGAGUGAUAGACUUCCCAACCAAUAUUAAAGUUGAACUUAUAAACCCUAACUGUUCAGCCGACGAUAUAGUGAACACUGAGGAUGAAUAUCAGAGUUGGUCACCAUGUAGUCCAGACCUCCCUUUAGACACAGCGGACCUCUCCAGUUCUCAACACCAAGAUCAACCAACAUACACUGAAGCUUCUUCCCCUUUUUUAAAGCGUAGAAGUUUAUUUAGUAAUACUCGUCACAUUUCAAAUCACAACAUAUUAUGUACCAAUAGCUCUAAAUGUAACAGUAAAUGCUGUGAAUUGCAAAAGAGGACGAUAGCCAAAUCGAGCCCCGUAUGGAGGUAUUUCUCUUUAAAAGAGGGAGACUGUAGCAAAGCAGUGUGCCUUAUGUGUAAGGCUGUCAUAUCCCGGGGUCGCAAAGAGUACACCACGUCAGCCCUUCUAAAGCACCUUCGCAUGAAACAUGGUAAAUGUUGACAUUAAAGAGUUUAUCAGCAGUUCAAUCAGAAUGAAAGUCAAGCUUAUGUUUGUGAAAUUUCUGCAGAAGGUACAAAGUAAAAGUGUGGAGACUGUUAAACCAUUCACAGUCAUGUGAUGCUGGCUGUUGUGCAUCACAGGGUUUUAAAUAUAAACUUAUGUAGCAAUAUAUUGAUAUCUUUGACCUCAUUACAGGAUCAGCACUAUGUUUUUAAAGUGGUUGCUUAACCUUUUAUUUUUAAUGUGUACUGACAAGCUAAUUGUUUUAGAAUAAAAGCUACAACCCAUCAAUCCAAAUGGUGUGUUGAGACAAGAUAGACAGAAGUCCUGUAGAUGUGCCUUUAUGAUUAUACAACUGAUCUCAAAAAAAUCAUACGUCUUGCCAGACUGUAAUAAUUUCUCCAUCUUGAACCAACUAGUAUAACUGGCCAUAUGGUUUUGUUAUAGGUAUUAAAUAUAAAUAAUAAUUUACCAUGUGCAAAUAACCAGGCCAAUAAAAGUGUUUUUGUCAAAAUAAUUAUUUAUUUAAAAUGAUUCAUUAUUUGUUUCUGGUUUAGCUGCAGAUCUUGUUCUUUAGUUAAACAAGAUGACCAAAACUACUGUACUGGUCAGUGCAUUUGAGUUACUGUAUUUAUUGUAAAGAAGACAUUCGAGUCCAUGCCUACGAGUUAGCUGUUUUAGACUUUCAGUCUCUGUACAUUACUGUGAAUAUAAAUGUGAGCUCCGUGGGGAAAUUAUAUAAACAUAUGAACUUAUUUGAAUA